CGAGAAAACUGGGAGUGUGAGCUCCACUCCGCCAAAAACCUGUUUCCAAUACGUGGCAGCCAUGGACGGAGGAAAUAGUACUGGAGUCGCCGCCGUCGGAAGGGGCACGAGCUUCCUCGACCUCCCGGAGGGAUGCAUCUUCCAUAUCCUGUCGUUCACUUCUCCGAUCGACGUUUGCAAAUUCUCCAUGGUUUCCCCCUCCUUCAGAUCCUUGGCCAGCUCCGAUGACCUGUGGGAGAGGUUUCUGCCUUCCGAUUACCGCUCCAUUCUCCAGAGCUCCGCCGAGCCUCCGUCUUUCUACACGAAGAAAGGACUGUUCCGUACGCUUUGCACUCGCCCGAUCGUCUUCGACGAUUGCAGAAAGAGCAUUUGUUUGGACAGAAAGAGUGGUAAUAAAUGUUACAUGCUUGCUGCUAGAGAUCUCUCCAUUGAAUCAAGUGGUAGUCCUCACCAUUGGGCUUGGAUCAAACACAACGGUUCCAGAUUUCCCGAGGUUGCUGAGCUUAAGUCGGUGCCUGCCCUUGUCAUUCGUGGGGAAAUUACUGCUUCUAUGUUGUCUCCUGCAACAACCUAUGUGGCAUGUCUUGUUUACGAGCUCAAGAGUAAUGUGUCUGGCUGCCUUUUGGUGGACAUUUCUGUGAGCAUUGCCAGAACUGCAAUUCUCGCCCCAACCAUUUGUCUGAAGCCUAAUGUGGGAUCCCAUAAUCAUCAUGAGAACGGUAGUGAGAUGCUGGGAGUGAGACGCCCGAAGAGCAGGAGAUCAGAUGGAUGGUUAGAGGUUGAGUUAUAUUCCCACGAAGGUAGCAAGAACUGUGGGUCGGAGGCUAUUUCCAUCCAAGUGAAGGGUGGACAGACUCAGGGUGGUAUCAUCAUUCAAGGAAUUGAGAUUCGGCCUAUGAAUAGUGAAAUAGUAGAGCCAGCGAAGCCCAACGACGUUCCUGAAGGUUCUAUGGUUAAUGACCGGAAAAGUUUGCUGAAGAUGAAGGGCGGUUAG